UAUAUAUAUAUAUAUAUAUAUAUAUCUAUCCAACGCCAUUAGAGAAACCUUCCCUUUGAAUUUACGAUCUCCGCAGAGUGCUUGGCAAUUCAGUUUUAGCAUUUCUGAAGUUUUGUGCCAACCAUUUGUGUGCUACACAUAGCUGCUAUUAGUUGGGUGGGUGCAAGGAGCUAAUCUCAGGUAUGGAGAUUGACAAGGAGCAAGGACAAGUAGAAGGACAGGAGUUCGAAAAAUCCAUGCCGUCAUCUCAAGAGGAGGAGGAAGCUAUAAAGAAAAAAUAUGGUGGAAUUAAGCCCAAGAAACCACCACUCAUUUCUAAGGACCAUGAACGUGCUUACUUUGACUCUGCUGACUGGGCACUAGGAAAGCAAGGUGUUAAUAAGCCGAAAGGACCACUUGAAGCCCUCCGUCCCAAAUUGCAGCCCACACAACAACAAACACGAUAUAGGAAAUCCCCUUGUGCCCCAUCUGAAGGUGAAGAUGGAGGGAGUGCUCAACUGGAGGAUGGAACUGCCAACGAGUGAGAAACUUUCUUCAAUCUUCUGAUCAUGUCAGGACUAUUGAUCGUUAUUCUGAUACCUGGCCAGGUAAUCAAUAGUUUUCAAUUGUUCCCAUGAAUAAACUCUGUGAAGAUGUUCCGAUAUUAGUUAAGUUUGAUAAAUUACAACAUUAAUGCAGUCAAGAAUUGUGAGAACUGAAAUGUCUAUCGGUCCAACUUUUUUUCACAUGUGGAACAUUAAUCUUCGUGACACGAGUAAAAUCACUUACUGGACAAAUUUCCCCUGAUUAUUAUCA